UCCCGUGGGCGCGCCUCUGAUGACGUUAGAGGGGGGCUAGAAUGCUCGCCUCUCUACUCCCCGGUUUCCGGUUUCUACACGCCCACUUCCGGGCCUUGCUGACUUUCAACGGUUUUGGCGCCAAUUGCUCAGAGUUUGGCCUCCUGGAGCAUUCAAUAGGCACCUUUGGAUCAGCUGCGGCAUAUUGAUUGUGGCUCAGGUACAUGCCAGGCUGGCAAGUUGGUGCUGGCUGCUUGUUGGGAGUUCAGCUGGGGAUUUUGCCUGGGGCUUCAGUUCCUCUCCAAGUUAGCCUUCCUUAUAGCAUGGUAGCUGGGUUCCUAGACCAAAUAUCCUAAACAUGAUGAAGUUGAAGCUGUGAUUCUUUCCAUGUUUAGGCCAGGAAACUGGUACAGAAUCAUUUCCACCGUAUUCUACUGUUCAAACAGUAGAAUGCCAGGAUUUAAGAUAAGGGAACAUAGACUCCAUCUCUCAAUAAUUGGAGUGAGAAGGAAUUUGCACCAUUUUUAACCUAUCGGAUGAAACUUUUUGUUAUGAUUGUUCUGUUUAAUCAAGAUGUCUAACAAAGCAGGGGCUUCCAAGAAAAGACCUCAACAGUUAAAAAAAAACCCAAAACGAAAAACUGAUGAUGAAGAAGUGGAGUUACCAGAGAGAAAGGUUAGAAACACAGCAAAAAAUAAAAAUCCAAAGCAUCUGCUUUCUGAAGUAACAGGACAAGCAGAGCAUACUAAUCUAAAACGGGUAAAGGUAGCAUUCAACAAGAGAAAAACCUGGCAGCCUCUUUCAAAGGGGAGCAGAGAGCAUUUACAAGCUAUGAUGGAAUCAGUAAUAAUAACAAUUUUGAGUAACAAUAUUAGAGAACAUGAACAAGUUCAGUAUCAUCUUAACUAUCUAAAGAAAAGAUUGCUACAACUGUGUGAAAAUCUUAAAGUCCCUCCCAAAAAGCUGAAAGAUUUAACUAAUGUGUCAAGUCUACUGAAAAUGGAAAGGGCAGAGCACAGAGCUAAUGAAGAAGGUCUGGCAUUAUUGCAGGAGGAAAUAGAUAAAAUACUAGAGACCAUAGAGUCAAUGACUGGGAAUAUUCACAGCCUAAAGAACAAAAUUCAAAUUCUGACAAGUGAGGUGGAAGAAGAGGAAGAGAAAGUAAAACAGAUGUUUCAGAUAGAUAGUGGGGUACUCUGUCUUCCAGAACUUUCUCAGAAGAGUCUCAAAGCUCCCACACUUCAGAAAGAAAUUCUGACGUUUAUUCCAAACCAUAAUGCUCUUCUGAAGGACUUGGAUGUUCUCCAUAAUUCACCCCAGAUGAAGAAUAUGUUAACUUUCAUUGAAGAAGCCUAUAAGAGACUGGAUGCCUCUUAAUGAGUUUUUUUUUUUUUUUUAGACUGUUCCAUAUUAAUUUAAUGUCUAUGAAUUUAUAAAACUGUUACUUGUGAUGAUAUUGCAGAGGGUGAGUCUUCUUCAGGAUGUAUUUCCAAUACACACUUAAAAUUAGCCUUAUAGAUCUGUUAGCAUCUAAUGUCCUAAAAACUGUUUUGAGUAGUUGCCAAAACUGGGAACUCACAUUUCUGUUGCUGUAUCUCUGGUUAUUUGCUUGAAGCCAUGAAACAAGGAACAGUCACAAUCUAAUGAUUUACAGUGACUGAAUUGAACUCAUUUAUUGGCUAGUGCAGUGGAAAUGUGGUACUGUCAUAUAUAAAGUGUGUGUAGUAGCUGGUACAUAGAAACAUAAUUGUUUGCUAGCAUUAUUAUCCUUUAGCUCAUGACUUGCAUUUUCUGUGUGGUUAUCUGGAACUUGAGAAAUCCCCAAAUGCCUUAAUUCUUUUACAUAACCCCCUGGAUUUUUGUGGCAUAAUUAAGAUUUGCCAGGUGUCUUUGCCUUUGGAGGUAGCAUGACCAUAUUUCUUUGGUUGGUUAUUGACUAGAUGUUGAAUAUUUUCCACUAUCAUCAAAGCAUACUUUAUCUAAAAGAAACCUAAGCACAUUUAUCCCUUAAAAGAAAAAUCAAACAAAAACCCCUUUCUAUAAACCUUUUCUCAUUGUAGUAAUAAGUAUAUGUGUGUGUGUAUGUAUAUAUAUAUAUAUAUAAUAUGAGUAAAUUAUCAUUUGAAUAUAUUAAAAGUCUUUUCUGUACACUACAGUAUAUUGUCUGAUUUGCUUUUAUUUAUUUAUAAAAUAAAAUAACAAAUAAAUGUAAUUUCUUGGGGCA